AUGUUUCCACCUCCUACAUCAGUCCUCACCCCCUCCCAAGUACACGAUGGCCCAGUGACACAAACAUUUAGGCUGCCUCAGCAAUCCCCGAUCGGCUCUCCCUGGUUGACUGAAGAGCUCAAAUACUUCGAGAAAUGUCUCCUCGUUCUCGAUGUGCUCGAGUCAUUUGGAACUCACUUUAGCAAGGAAUCGAGCUUCCCCUCCGGUAGAUGGGCAGGCAAGCCCAAAUUCCUUGGGCACGUGUUUCACUGGGUGAGAAAGAACGAACCUGUGCAGCUUACAAUGCCGGCAUUCCCAUGUAAGAGUGCCAACCGCAAUGACAAAGUCCUCGGUCACUUGCCCGACCUGGGUGAGGAACUUGGCAUGACUCGCUUGAAUGACAUAGCCGUUGCUAUUAAAAAUGUAUAUCAGCCCGGUGCCUUGGUCAACAUCGCCUCUGAUGGUAUUUUAUUUAAUGAUAUAAUCGGUGUCAGUGACGAGGAGACUUGGGAGUACGGCCAAGAAAUUCGUGCCAUUGCCCAAGAAAAGAAACUCGAUUACAUAGUAUUCGUCUAUCCCCAAGUCUUGAUUGGCAUGAUGUCCGCCAAUGCCAUGACCCGAGAGAGAUACCUUUCAACGACCGAUGAAUGCCGUAGCUUGCUUGAAAGUCGAUACGGAAGCACCCUCAAGCAGAUCGAAUCUCUCAUCAAGGCUGACUCGGAUACCAAUUCAACAUACUGUGGUAUGGUCAAGUUUUUGCAGACAGAGUUGUUCGGCACUCUUGCCGGUAAAAGCUAUCGUGAACGUCAGAAGCUACAAAAGAACUCGGCCAAGAAAAUGAUGCAGCGUUCAGAGGCAUUUACGCUUGCCAUUCGUACCAAUCGGCCCUUGGACGUUCGCCUGUCAAUGCAUCCUUCGUCCGGGGUGGCCAAGCUGUCAGUGGCUCUUGUUCCCUCACCAGAGGGCUUUUUCCAAAAGUCACCCUGGCAUAGUUGUGUUGCUAUUGAUCGAGACGGCGGGCACCACUGUGUCCAUUCCAGUGAGGUCCGGGAGACGCAUGAGCUCAUGUACAAGAACAAUCGUCCAUACUUUUACAUUGCCAAGGAUGCUGUCCAGGCGGACGAGCCAGAUACUGCAACGGCGCCCGAAAUGUCAAAUCUUGCGGCGGUUGCUAAGAAUUCCGAGGAUUCUGCCGCUACUCAAAAUUCAGAUGCUGAGACCGUUUUCGACAAGCAAGAGAUGUUGAUGGCCAAAAAGCAUCCCGUCACUGUCACUGACGUCGAAAUUGCGACUGUGGAUUCGGAACCUUCAUCUCAUCCGUUAGAGGUUGUAUUAUUUCCGUCAUCUGCCGUCCCGGCAUAUUCGUACGACGCUAAAAUCGAAUGA